UGGUUGGGAGGACAUCCUCCUGCAUGUGAGUACAGGCACAUCACAGCGGUUCUCACUGCUGUUGCGUUUUGUGAGGUUCGCAGUGAUGCAGAACACCAGGAGGAGCCCUGGGGGCAGAGGCUGCCCAUCCUUGCCUUCGCAGCAGGCACAUCAGGAGAAGCAGCCUCCUGGAAGGCACCUGGUGAAAGCCCCCUGCUCUCUUCCAUCCACAAAAGUAGGGGAAAGAAGGGUGCAGAGAGGAGCUUGACAGCAAAUCUGUGAUGGUGGAGAGCUGUUCUUCUUGAAAAUGGCGGGUGUAAGCAACUGCAUGAAGUACUCCAUGUUCGUCUUCAACUUCUUAUUUUGGGUGUGUGGUUCAGUUAUUUUGGGAGUCUCUAUAUGGAUACGUGUUAGCAAAGAUGCUCAGAAGGAGUUGGGCAUAGACAACAGCCUGUUUGCAGGGGUUGAUCUGCUGAUAGCUGUGGGCUCCAUCAUUAUGGUCCUUGGGUUUCUGGGGUGCUGUGGUGCCAUCAAGGAAAGCCGGUGCAUGCUGCUCUUGUUUUUUAUUGGACUGCUGCUGAUCUUGAUCCUUCAGGUCACAGGAGGUAUUUUAGGAGCGGUAUACAGAUCUCAGAUUGAAACAUCCCUUAACACGACUUUAAUGGAGAGUGUUGAUUUAUUGCAAAGCAAUACAGAACAAGCAAAACGAUUUCAAGAGACCUUCCAGAAGUUUCAGAUAGAGAACAAGUGCUGUGGUUUGGUGAAUGGACUUGCAGAUUGGGGAAACAAGAUUAAUACAGAUAUUGGUGGCAGUAAAAUCUGUGAGUGUGAACCAAAGGGCGAAGAAGCAAACCUCUGCGUCUAUUCUAAUAAGAUACUUGUUUAUAAAAGGGGUUGUAAAGAAGUGAUCAUCAAAUACCUUCAAGACCAUAUGCUCAUAAUUAUGGGGAUUGCAUUUGGACUGGCAGUUAUUGAGAUUCUUGGUUUGGGGUUUUCUAUGAGCCUCUACUGCCAGAUCCAGAGAAAAUGAAACUGUGGAAGUGUCAGAACAAUGUCAACGGCCAAAUCAAAACCUUUGUAGAUAGAUGGAUAUUUGGUUUGGCACCUUCAGAUAAAUAUACGCAUGUCCCAGGCAGCUGUUCUGAUGAAAACAGCACCUCCUGUGCACACAGAUACUUCACAAUUUGCAAAAUGACCUCCUUAUACUUUGUCGGAUUUAAUGAUGUGAAUGUGAAUUUUAUUUGCAAUAAACGUCUUUGUUUGUGUUUCUGAUUAGUUUA